AUGUCUCAUCAUCAUCAAGAUGCUAAUCCAACACCUGCCCGGGCACGUCCACGACGGGGUCCGGCAUUCUCAUUGAAUCCUCUCCCACCUCGUAGUUCUGGCAGUCAAUUUGCGACUCCACCUCGAUUCCAGUUCGCAAAUGAGCCGCGUACAGGCGAUGAUAGGAGCAUAUUUCGAAGCAGUAGUCCACUGGUACAAGGGUUCUUUCGAGCGCCCGAUCAAAGAUUUGAUAAUUCAAGUCCCUUGAAGGGAGAAAGAAAUAAGCCUGUGCAGGUUUCUGAUGACGAGAUUGAAGAUGAUUUCCACGACACAAAGGACACCACUGGCCUUGAAGAUGAAGUGUCCGGAGCGCUGGAUGAACUGUUUUCAAUCUCACGGCAUUCAAACAAACGACCUCGAGCAUCUUCGCAUUCGGCACACAAACCAGUCAGAACAGAAAUUGUUGACGACGACUUUGAUGAAAUCAACGAUUCAGGUUCUCCCAUACCCGAUUCUCCGUCAACAUCAGUCCGGAGCAGAACCAAGAACCCUAAGCUGGAAUUUCCCACUCCACAUAUAGAGCCUAAUCGCCAGCUAGUCAACACCGAAAUUUCUGAGCCUAAGAGCUUUGAGCUAGUUUCUGAGCCUCAAACGCCAGGUCAGGCUUAUACUCUACAAAUCGAAGAUGCCAGCUCAAGCAUUGAAAAAACAUCUACUUCUCAAAACCGUCCACGCUUCAUUCUCUCAGCGAAUUAUACUCCUGCAUCGACUAUCACACGAGCUACCUCAACACCGCAGCCCGCACGGAAGAAACCUGCAUUUGUGCUACCGCGAUCACCAUCCCCAGAUAAGGAGGAUGUCUCGUCGUCGACUAUCCCGGUACCUUUUUCGCCUGUAGCAACUCGUACUCUUCGCCGUUCAGGGCGGCCGAAAUCAGGCGCGGCUGCAACUUAUGUACCUGGUGGUAUGGCCGAGCAUCUUCGAGAUUGGAUUAUGGAAGCCGACAUGAAACGCAAAGCUACAAUUGAACGACAACCACGUCGAAAUCUGAAUGAUGCCAGAGAUUUUACAAUUGGCUGGAUUGAUUCUUGUCAUAACGCCUUUUUGAAAUCUUCUGGCCCAGUUAUUAUGGCCCGAGUAACUCUCGAAGCUAGCAGAGAGGAGCCGCCGACUGAUAAUGGUGCCCAAAUUAUGACCGUGCUGCUACUUGGUGCAGCCGCUUCUCGUGGAAAUACUAACAAUGGUCGCGGAUCAUCUGUUACUAGCUCAGUUCCAGGCGAGAGAUUGAAACCCGGCGAUAAGGUCGGGAUCGGAGUGGGCCUGUCAUGGGAAGUUGAGCUGGAUUCCAUGAACAUUGAUGAUACAACACACAUAAAGCAGGUGUCCGUGCAGCGAGUUGUUCCCUCUUCUCAAUCCGAUUCCGAAGAUGACCUUGAAGACCUUCAAGACGAAAACCGAUCAUUUGCGGCGAGUUCUGCGCAUCCUACACAUUCUACUUCGAAGACGUGGCUAGUAGCUGCCGAGUGGGAUUUAUUGAGCGAGACUGGAAAAUAG